AUGAAGUGGACCCCGGAAGCAGAUGCAGCCUUGCAAGAGUUGAAGGCUUACCUGUCAUCUGUGCCUACACUGGUUGCACCCAAACCCCAAGAGCCAUUAUUGCUUUACUUGGCAGCAACCAACGAAGUGGUCAGUGCAGCCUUGCUAGCACAGCGAGAGGUGGAUGAAGCAGAGAGAGGCCAGAUCGCGGCAGAGUCAGAAGAGGAUCAGAACAUCACUCCGCCGCCGCUCCCGGCCAGUGGCAUCGCGCCACGUCAUCCCCGCGCCUCCUCUCUCCCCUCCAGCGCGCCGGCCCGCGGAGCCCAUCCGGGGCCCGCGCGGGUCCCGCCGUCGCCGGGCUGCGCCCCGCCGCCCGCGCCUGGCUCCCGCGCCGCCGCCUCCUUCCUCCCGCUCCCCGCCGACUCGGGCGCCGCCCUCUGCCGCCAUGCCGACCUCGCCCGCCGCCGCCUUGCUCCUCCACCGACCUCGCCAUCGCGCCGGCGCGCCUCCCGCGCCCGCGCCGUCCCGCACAGGAACCGCCCGCCGGCGCCGCGCUCCCGGUGCCUCCGCCGCCUCCUCCACGAGCUCCGGCCAUCUCCCUCCUCUCUGGCACCAACUCCGGUGACCCAAUCCGGCCCUGCCUCGAUCCGCGUGCCGAAACCCUAG